GAAAAACAAGAAAAGAUGAGGGAAAAGAGAAAAAGAAGGGGAAGAUAGAAGACAAAGAAAAAAUGAAAUGUGAAGAGCAACGCGUUGUUUUCUGAAAGCUAGAACAAACAAGGAAACACCUACUACUGUUCCUCCUCCUCUCUUUCUCUCUCUCUCUCUCUCUGUGUUUUAGUUUUAUGUUCACAAGUGUAACAGUAAAAGACAAAAGGGAACACCAAAAUCGGGUUUAGGGUUUGGGUUUUUAUGCUCGUUCAAGAGAGGGGGGAACAAGAACGGGUCCGGGCUUUACUCGGGCUUUUUGGGGACCCUUUUCGGGCUAUUGUAAUGGGUCCGUCUUCAGUUACCGUGAAAUGGCACCACCUUCACAAGCCGUUGAAGCUCUUGAUUGUUCUUUGUGUUCUUUUUUCAGCUCAUGAUAACGCUGUUCGGGCCUCCGAUUCGGAUAAAUCUGCUCUCUUGGAGUUCAAGGCGUCGCUUUCAGACCCUUAUGGAGUGCUGAGCAGCUGGAAUUCGAACAGCCCGGAUCACUGCUCGUGGGCCGGGGUUUCUUGUGAUUCAGAUUCUCGGGUCGUAGCGCUGAGUAUUGCUGGUGGAGGUAAUUCUUUGUCUUGUGCUAGAAUUGCUCAGUUUCCACUUUAUGGGUUUGGGAUUAGGAGGUCUUGUUUUGGGAGCAGCAGUAAAGUUAAAGUCUUGGGACAACUCUCUGUGGCUGUUGCUAAACUUAGUGAACUUAGGAAUUUAUCACUGCCGUUCAAUGAAUUAAGAGGUCAAAUUCCUGCGGAAAUUUGGGGAAUGGAAAAGCUCGAGGUUCUUGACCUUGAAGGGAAUUUGAUUUCCGGCUCUCUGCCUGCUUACUUUAGUGGGUUGAAGAAUUUGAAAGUUCUUAACUUGGGGUUUAAUGAGAUUUUUGGGGGGAUACCGAGUUCAUUAUCAAAUUGUGUGGGGCUUCAAGUUGUGAAUUUAGCUGGGAAUCAAGUUAAUGGAUCGAUUCCAGGGUUUAUUGGUGGCUUUAGAGAUUUGAGGGGGCUUUACUUGUCCUUUAAUCUACUCAGUGGAUCUAUACCAGUUGAGAUAGGGGAUAAUUGUGGGAAGCUCGAGCAUCUAGAUCUUUCUGGGAAUUACUUGGCCGAGAGUAUCCCAAAGACUGUUGGGAACUGUAGAGGGUUGAAGACCCUUCUUCUGUACUCCAAUCUGUUGGAGGAGGUUAUUCCAAGCGAACUUGGUCAGUUGAGUCAGCUGGAAGUGCUCGAUUUGUCGAGGAACAAUUUUGGUGGCGCUAUACCGUCUGAGCUUGGUAAUUGUACGAAGUUAUCAGUCCUUGUAUUGUCAAACUUAUGGGAUCCUCUUCCAAAUGUAUCGAGUUUGGCAGGUGGUUAUUCACUGGAAAAGUUGGCAUUUACUGCUGAUGAGUACAAUUUUUAUGAAGGUACUAUUCCAGCAGGGAUUACCAGCCUCUCCAGCUUGAGGAUGAUGUGGGCUCCUAGAGCAACUCUAGAGGGAAACUUUCCUGCUAGUUGGGGCUCCUGCAAUAACUUGGAAGUGUUGAAUUUGGCUCAGAACUAUUACUCUGGGAAAAUCUCAGAGAGUUUUGGCAACUGCAAGAAGCUGCAUUUUCUUGAUUUGAGCUCAAACAGACUUGGUGGGGAAAUUAUUGACAACAUUCCUGUUCCUUGUAUGACAGUGUUUGACAUCAGCGGGAAUUAUUUGUCUGGUUCCAUUCCCAAAUUUAAUUAUGAAGGUUGUUCUCCCAUCCAGUCCAUGCUGUGGGAUUCCUUAGAUCCUUAUGAUCCUUCGUCUGCAUAUAUGUCAUUUUUCCGAUAUCGAACUCAAAAAGAAACCUCUUUGCCAUUUUAUGGAGAUGGUGAUAGUUUCUCAGUGUUGCAUAAUUUUGGUUCUAACAAAUUUACUGGCCCCCUUCCGUCAAUGCCUGUUGCAUCAGAAAGAUUAGGAAAGCAAACAGUUUAUGCAUUUCUUGCUGGCAGAAACAUGCUUACUGGAAGCUUUCCUGGAGCUUUCUUUGAGACUUGUGAUCAGGCGAAAGGUAUAAUAGUUAAUGUGACAAGCAAUGGGUUAUUUGGUCAACUUCCAAGAGAUAUUGCCACAAUCUGCAAGACUUUGACACUUCUAGAUGCUUCUGAUAAUCGAAUAGCCGGAAACCUUCCUCCCAGCAUUGGCGACUUGGUUUCACUUCGUGUUCUUAAUUUAAGCUGGAAUGCUUUGCAAGGUUCAAUUCCUAGCAGCCUUGGCCAGAUAAAGGAUCUCAAAUGUCUUUCCUUGGCAGGAAACAACCUGAAUGGUUCAAUCCCUGCAAGCUUGGGGCAGCUAUACUCUCUCGAAGUUCUUGAGCUGUCUUCAAACUCGCUCUCUGGUGAAAUUCCAAAGGACCUUGCAAACUUGAGAAACCUGACGGUCCUUCUCUUGAACAAUAAUAAGCUAUCUGGGCAGGUCCCCCCUGGCCUGACAAAUAUAUCCACUCUGUCAGCUUUCAAUGUGUCCUUCAAUAAUUUGUCUGGAUCAGUGCCUCUAAACAAUAAUAUGGUCAAAUGCAAUAGCUAUCUUGGGAAUCCAUUGGUGCAUUGCCCUGUGGUGUCUUCCUCUUCGCCUCCUACGGAUCAACUAGGAAGAACAGGGGAUACACAAAACAAUACUUCUUUUCCAUCUUCUACUCCAAGCCGGAGAAGAGGGAAUGGUGGCUUCAACUCAAUUGAGAUUGCCUCCAUAACAUCUGCAGCAGCCAUUGUAUCAGUUCUUCUUGCUCUCAUUGUCCUUUUCUUUUACACAAGAAAGUGGAAACCACGGUCCAGAGUAAGCGGAACUGUUAGGAAGGAAGUGAUCAUCUUUACCGACAUUGGGGUUCCCCUAACGUUUGAAAAUGUGGUGCGUGCAACGGGGAGUUUUAAUGCAAGCAACUGUAUUGGCAAUGGCGGUUUUGGGGCAACAUACAAAGCAGAGAUUGCUCCAGGUGUCCUAGUGGCUAUAAAACGGCUUGCAGUAGGACGUUUCCAAGGUGUUCAACAAUUCAAUGCUGAAAUUAAAACUCUAGGCAGACUUCGCCACCCAAACCUUGUGACUUUGAUAGGGUACCAUGCCAGUGAAACAGAGAUGUUUCUUAUAUAUAACUAUUUACCUGGUGGCAACCUGGAAAAGUUCAUACAGGAAAGGUCAACUAGAGCUGUUGAUUGGAGGAUACUGCACAAGAUUGCCCUGGACAUUUCACGUGCACUUGCCUACCUACAUGAUCAGUGUGUGCCACGUGUUCUUCAUCGUGAUGUGAAGCCUAGCAAUAUAUUGUUGGAUGAGGACUACAAUGCAUAUCUCUCUGAUUUUGGACUAGCUAGGCUCCUUGGAACAUCCGAAACUCAUGCAACAACUGGUGUGGCAGGAACUUUUGGAUAUGUUGCUCCAGAAUAUGCAAUGACUUGUCGUGUCUCUGACAAGGCUGAUGUUUAUAGCUAUGGGGUUGUGUUGCUUGAGUUGAUAUCUGACAAGAAAGCACUGGAUCCCUCAUUUUCUUCCUUUGGAAAUGGUUUCAACAUCGUGGCUUGGGCAUGCAUGCUGUUGAGGCAAGGCCGUGCCAAGGAGUUCUUUACAGCCGGGUUAUGGGACUCAGGCCCGCACGACGAUUUGGUUGAAGUAUUACACUUGGCUGUGGUAUGUACAGUUGACUCGCUCUCAAACAGGCCAACAAUGAAGCAGGUGGUCAGACGACUAAAACAACUUCAACCUCCAUCAUGUUAGCCACACAGAAAGGAAUCAUUUGAUUGACAUAGCAAUCCGUAGAAAGGUAAGCCCGACUGCAAUUUGCGACACCCUGCACUUUGUGCUUUUCGGUGCCUUCCUGGGCUGAUGUUAGUCCUCAGUCAUAGCUUCUUGUAAAUUGUAGAGUAGAUCUGCCCCCAUUUUUCCAUGAUGUUUCCUAGAUUAGGGGGUUCACUAAUGCCCUGCAGAAGAAUGCAGAUAUUUGUUUCGGACACCGUAUACUUGUAUCCCAUUUCUAUUUGUUGUCAAAAAUAAUAACAAAGGAUAGGAUCUCUGUGGAAAAAA